UGGGCCUGUUCUUUGGGCCUGGUCCGGCCAAUUAGAACUGACCUUUUGAGUCAGCUGACUCGAUCUGAACUCAGGACAAACCCCAGACAGACAGGUCGACAAUCCGUGACAUUUUGACUUGAUUUCCGAAAAAGACAGGAUUGAGGGUUGUCACCGUUGUCACGCACUUGACGCAUCUAUCAAAUCCGUCGUUGGUGGCCAAUCCGUGGCCAAUCCGUGGCCAAUCAAUCAAUGCCAAUACCAAAAUGUCCAUCUCCCAACGCUCUCGAGUGAUCCAACUCUAUAAGACCCUGAUCCAUCUGGGACGGGAUUAUCCCCAAAAUCCCCGAGGAUUCCAGGCUAAUGUCCAUCGGGUGUUCAUGAAAAAUAGAGAUGUCCGGGAAGAGCACACCAUUGAAGCUUUGAUCGCCCAAGGACAAUACGUGGUCAAGGAAUUGGAGGCCCUGUACAUGCUCAAAAAGUACCGCACGCUCAAACGGCGAUACGACCGCAGCCUAGAUCCUUGAAUUAGUCCGAUGCUGCCAGUUCAGAAUAAAAUUCCUCGCUGAA